AUGCACAACUUAAAUGUUUUCCUUUUUCUUCUUACUGUAAUAUUAAUUCAAACAAUUUUAUCAUUUGAAAUAAUAAAUAAUGAAAUAGACUAUGUUCCAUCAUUACCAACAGAUACUAAUCCUAAUUGUUUAUCGAAAGAUCUUCUUUCAAGUGUAUUACAUCGUAAUCGACGAGCAUCAAUAUCUCGUCCUUAUUUUCAUCCUCGGGCCGGAUCUCGUGAUGAUAAUAAUCGUCAAGGAUCAAAAAGUGUUUUAGCAUUUUCACCUCGUUUAGGUAAACGAUCAUAUAAUGAUGAAAAUGAAUUUAAUAAUUUUAUUGAUUAUUUACAAAAGAAACAAAUUGAUGUUGUUUAUGAAGAUCAAACAAAAAUUUGUUUUUCACAAAUUAUUAGUGAUACAUUUAUUCAAGAUGCUUUGAAUAAAUUUCAUACAAAUCAAUACGAACAAAAUCUAGAAGAACAACGAUUCAAAAACAAAUAUCCACUUCUAUUCCGAUAUUAUUCUGAUUAA